AUGUUAAAUUCGCGUAUAUGUUAAAUAGAAGGACUUUUAAUUGAUUCGGAAAUUAAAUCUAUUUUUGUUGAGCAGAUAAAGGAAUUAUUCAAAACUAAUAUUCCAGAAGUUGAUUUAAUAUUUGAUUUUUUGUAUUUUCGAUAAAGGAUUGCUAAAGAUAAACCUUUGCCAGGAUAGGAAUUGCAAAAUAUCUAAUUUUGUACAAAAUUGGGAGAAGGAUUAGGAAAAAGAGAAAAAAUUCUCUAUUUGCUGAUAAUCGUAUUGGGGAGAUAUUUAUAUGCAAGAGUGCUUUUACAUUUGGAAUAGAAAUACCCUAAUGUUUAUAAAAAAAUAAAGAAAUUAGAAUUCUUAUUUUAACUUUUACGUUUUGGACAUUCUUUAAAAUUUAUAGCUUAGGGAUAGAUGGUCAAUAGUUUAGAAUUAUUCUUGAUAGGAUUUUAAAUAAAAUAAAUAAAAGAAAAUCAGACGAGAGAAUUAGAUUUCGAAUUAUUAAACAGAACACUAAUUUGGGGAGUAAUAAAUAAACUAUUUUAAUCUCUUUUAUUUUCGAGCAGUUAUUUGAUGAAUUACUGUAAAUAAUUAUUCUUUAUGACAUCCUUUUUGGGUACAUUGCAGAAUGGAAAUGAGAAUGCAGCAUGUUUUGUUUGUAAUUCUGCCAUAAAAACAAUGAUUACAAAAUUAGAACCAUGUAACCACACAUUUUGUUAUUAUUGCAGUAAAUCUAAAGGGGACAAAUGUCCUUAAUGUAAUUAAUAAAUUGAAUAAUUUAUUUAUUGA